AGGGGAAAUGAAAAAAAAAAAAAAAAAAAAUCAGUUCUUUUUUUGUGAUAAAAUCGUCUCCGUGUUGAUCCGUAAAUUCGGAAACGCACGAAAAUGGCUUGUUCAGCAGUGAGAUCUCCAUUUUUACGUAAUUCAACGGUAAGGCAUUAUGCAGCUGCUGCCAAGGCUUGUCAAAGUUCACCACCAUCAAUUUCACUUGACACCCAAGUACUGAGCAACAAAGUAACAAUUGCUGCACUUGAUAAUAACAGUCCAGUUACACAAGUGUCAAUUGUCUUCAAAGCUGGUUCUCGUAAUGAGACAUAUGAUACUCAGGGUCUUACUCAUCUAUUGAGAUUAAGUGCUGGUUUAACAACAAAAAGAGCAACUUCAUUUGGUAUUAUAAGAAAUAUUCAACAACUUGGAGGAAAUUUAUAUGCAACAACUGAUCGUGAAACAGUAUCAUAUACUCUUCAAGUAACACGUGAUAAUUUAGAACAAGCAUUAUCACUAUUGGAAGAUGUUGCUAUUCAUCCAACAUUUAAACCAUGGGAACUUGCUGAUUUAACACCAAGAUUACGUUAUGAGCUAUCAACACUACCAGAAACAGUUAAAGUUAUUGAACUUUUACACAAAGCAGCAUAUCGUUCUGGUUUGGGAUACUCAUUGUAUACACCAAAACGUCAAAUUGAAAGAAUUUCAUCUGAAACGUUGCAACAUUUUGUAAAUUCAUUUUACACUGGUGGAAAAUGUGCUGUUGUUGGUACUGGUAUAUCAAAAUCUGAGCUAUCAUCAUUUGCUCAAAAUUUAGAAUUAACAUCAAACAGUUGUGAAACAAUGCCAUCAAAAUAUUAUGGUGGUGAAAUAAGAAAAGAACGUAAUUCACAAAUAGCAACAAUUGCACUUGCUGUUGAAAGUACAGGUUUUGAAAAAGAUAAUGAUGCAUUGGCAUUUGCUAUACUUCAACAAGCUGCUGGUGCUGGACCACAUGUUAAAUGGGGUGGUUCAACAGCACCUCUACAAAGAAGUAUAUCAUCAGCUGCUGGAUCAGAUCCAUUUGCAAUAUCAGCAUUUAAUGCAAGUUAUACUGAUACUGGAUUAUUUGGAUUUGUUUUAUCAGCACCAGCUAACAUUGCUGGAUCGUUGACUAAAGCAGCAUACAAAUGGAUGUCAUCACCAAAUAUAACAGAUGUUGAUAUAACACGUGGUAAAACUGAAUUGAAAGCAUCAAUUUUAUAUGCUGGUGAUAGUAAUGCUGGUCAACUUGAAAAUAUUACACAACAAGCAUUGUUCAAGGGACGUAUUACAUCAAAUGCAGCACUUGCUGCUGAAGUUGAUAAAAUUUCAGCUGCUGAUGUCAAAAAAGCUGCAAGUAAACUCAACGGUAAAGUAUCAAUGGCAUCAAUUGGAAAUUUGUCAACAGUUCCACACAUUGAUCAACUUAAUUGCUAAAUAAUUUAUUAUAGCAUUAUACCGUUAAUAGUAUCAAGCUAAUUGUUUAUUAAAAAAAAAAGAAUAAAAAUUAUCUAUUGUCAGCAUUAAUUGCUUGAUGUUUAUUUAAAAAAACAAUAAUAAAUGCAAAUUUUCGUUACAAUUCAUGUAAUUGUGUAUAUAUGCUAAAUAAACGAAUAAAUUAAUAAACAAAUAUCAAAUAAUU